CAAAAGGGGAAAAAAAAAACAUCCGAAGAAACAAAGCAGCUCCCAAGAUCCGAUCAGAUCCAUUCAACCCUUCCCUCUCUCUCUCUCUAAAACAGAACUUCUCUCUCUAUCUCUCUCUUGUACUGUUUCCACACCCACUCUCCCAAACAAAACAAAACCCGAUCAUUUCUCCUUCGCCGAUUAGGGUUUCUGCAAUUCAUCGCCGGAAUGCUCAAGAUCUGGACCCUAGUUUCCUCAAUCUUCCAAUUUGCAUGAAGCUUUGGUGGCGAUUUCUAUGUUUCAACCUACAAGAAGAAGAGGAACAAGAAGAGGUUGUUGUGGUUCGAGAGGAAGAGCGUGAGCGUGGUAAUCUUCUUCUUCUUCUUCCAGAAACUACUACUAUGAAUAACAACAACGACGACAACAACGGCAUCGACAUCGACAUCGACAUUCCUUCUGCUGCUUCCGACGACGACGACGCCGGCGGUGGUGGUGAGGAACGGUGGUUGCUCGAUGAGAUUGAUAGGGUUCCGCCUGUGGAUGAGUUCGGAGGGUGGGAACGCAUGCUGUUUUCUCAGGGAGAGAGUAGCUCUGCCGUUGCUGCGGCUUCCGCCGAUGAAGAGAGUCACGAUUUGAGCCAUAAGCGCGCCAAGUUCUACGCUGAUUUCGAGUUCGAUGAGAGUCACUUUGCAACUCCAGCAUCUUCCAGUGGUGGGAAAUGCGCUUAUGUGUCUUCUGAAAGUGGAGGUCAUGAUUAUUUUCAAGGUUCGCCUCUUCGACUGAACAGUGGCAUGGGUUAUGAUGCUUUUACAUUAAUGUGUAUCGGUGGUGAGGAGGGUAACUUUGUGCAAGACGGUGAAGGAAAUGAUAGUGACAUCUCAAACCUAGAAGAUCUAGAGGUCAGGAUGGACUUAACAGAUGAUUUGUUGCAUAUGGUUUUCUCAUUUUUGGAUCAUCCCAAUCUCUGCAAAGCUGCCAGAGUUUGUAAGCAGUGGCGAGCUGCUAGUGCUCAUGAAGAUUUCUGGAAGAGUUUGAAUUUUGAGGAUAGGAACAUCUCUGUUGAACAAUUUGAGGACAUGUGUAGGCGUUAUCCUAAUGCCACAGCAAUGAGCAUAUCUGGUCCUUCUAUUCACUUGCUUGUCAUGAAGGCUAUCACUUCAUUAAGGAAUCUUGAGGUUUUAACAUUAGGAAGAGGACAGAUAGCGGAUUCUUUUUUUCUUGCUUUACCUGAUUGUUCAAUGUUGAGAAGUUUGAAUAUCAAUGAUGCUACACUUGGAAAUGGUAUUCAGGAGAUAUCUGUUGUUCAUGAAAGAUUGUGUCAACUUCAAUUAACAAAAUGCCGUGUGAUGCGAAUAGCCGUCAGGUGCCCACUGCUUGAAACUAUGUCAUUGAAGCGCAGUAACAUGGCACAGGUUGUGCUUAACUGCCCUCUUCUGCAUGAGCUUGAUAUAGGCUCUUGCCACAAACUUCCAGAUGCUGCGAUCCGUGCUGCUGCAACUUCAUGUCCUCAACUAGUGUCACUGGACAUGUCUAAUUGUUCAUGUGUCAGUGAUGAAACACUGCGUGAAAUAGCACAAAAUUGUGCUAACCUUAGUGUUCUUGAUGCAUCAUACUGCCCAAACAUAUCUUUGGAGAAUGUUAGACUUCCAAUGUUGACAGUUCUAAAGCUUCAUAGUUGCGAGGGCAUCACUUCCGCCUCAAUGGCUGCAAUAGCUCAUAGUUCCAUGCUUGAGGUUUUGGAGCUUGACAAUUGCAGUCUAUUGACUUCAGUGUCUUUAGAUCUUCAACGUUUAACGAAUAUAAGAUUGGUACACUGUCGCAAAUUUGCUGAUUUGAACUUGAGGGCCAUAAUGCUUACUUCUAUACUGGUGUCUAACUGCCCUGCUCUCCACCGUAUUAACAUCACUUCAAAUUCACUUCAAAAAUUAGCAUUGCAAAAGCAGGAUAGCUUAACGGUGUUGGCUCUGCAAUGCCAAUCUUUACAAGAAGUGGAUCUUUCCGAGUGUGAAUCUUUGACGAACUCUAUAUGUGAAGUGUUUAGUGACGGUGGAGGAUGCCCUAUGUUGAAAUCACUAGUUCUUGAUAAUUGUGAGAGCUUGACCUCAGUUCGGUUCGUCAGCACCUCUUUAGUCAGUCUUUCUCUUGGUGGUUGUCGCGCAAUUACUACUCUUGAGCUAACAUGCCCUAAUCUCGAGAAAGUCAUUUUGGAUGGCUGCGAUCAUUUGGAAAAAGCAUCAUUUUGUCCGGUUGGUCUUCGGUCUCUCAAUUUAGGAAUAUGUCCAAAAUUGAACGUACUGAGCAUUGAAGCAUUAUAUAUGGUCUCACUCGAGUUGAAAGGAUGCGGCGUGCUAUCUGAAGCUUCCCUUAAUUGUCCUUCCUUGACGUCUCUAGAUGCUUCUUUUUGCAGCCAACUCACUGAUGACUGCUUGUCUGCGACAACAGCGUCAUGCAAAUUGAUUGAGUCAUUAAUAUUAAUGUCAUGCCCAUCAAUUGGUUUAGAUGGACUUUGCUCUCUGCGUUGGCUCCCAAAUUUGACUCUGCUUGAUUUAUCAUACACUUUCUUGGUGAAUCUGCAGCCUGUUUUUGAAUCUUGUCCACAGUUGAAGGUAUUAAAGUUGCAGGCAUGCAAAUAUCUCACUGACUCAUCACUUGAACCUCUAUACAAUGGGGGUGCUUUACCAGCUCUUGAGGAGUUAGACUUGUCUUAUGGAACUCUGUGUCAGUCUGCAAUCGAAGAGCUUCUUUCUUGCUGCACACACCUUACUCGUGUGAGCUUGAAUGGCUGUGUGAAUAUGCAUGAUUUAAACUGGGGGUAUAGUCGUGGGAAGAUUCCUGAGUUGCCUGGCAUAAAUAUCCUGUCCAUUGCAAGCUCCCACAACAAUUUCCAUGAGCCAAGUGAGCAACCUACCCGAUUACUGCAGAACCUCAACUGUGUAGGAUGUCCAAAUAUCAGGAAGGUUUUCAUUCCAUCAACAGCACAUUGUUCCAAUUUAUUGUUUUUAAACCUCUCUCUGUCAGCUAAUUUGAAAGAGGUUGAUGUAGCUUGUCUCAACCUGUGCUGGCUUAAUUUAAGCAAUUGUUCCUCUUUGGAAGUUUUGAAGCUUGAGUGUCCAAGAUUGACCAGUCUGUUCCUUCAGUCUUGCAAUACUGAUGAGGAAACUGUUGAAGCUGCUAUAUCUAAAUGCACUAUGCUGGAAACUCUUGAUGUUCGCUGUUGUCCUAAGAUAAGCUCUAUGAGCAUGGGAAGAUUUCGUGCAGCGUGUUGUAGUUUGAAGCGUAUAUUCAGCAGCUUGUCAACUUCAUGAACGUGAACUCGGAUAUCUUUUAAGUUUUCCCGUGCUUGUUCACUUGGGGUGAAGGCACGCUUGGUAAUAAAUCUGGGUUAUUUCCUCAUGUAUUUGUAAAUGGUUUAACUUAUUGUGUUUGUUUGGCAUAUAGAAAUUAGGUUAUCUUUAUGUAUUGCUAUAAUAAGUUAUUGUUUGUUCUACCUAUUAACUAUUGUAAAUUUUAUGUUUCAAUUUUGUUGAUGCAUAUUUUAUGCUUAAGUGGUCUAACCUUGUCUCUAGUGAAGAUUUGGUGUAUCCAAUCCUUUGCGCAUAUGACCUUGCAAUAGUAUGUCAUAAUUUAUGUUGUAUA